AAGGAGAAGGUGGAAGAACAAGCGAGGGGGAGAGAGAGGGAACUGAAGGAGAAGGUGGAAGAACAAGCGAGGGGGAGAGAGAGGGAACUGAAGGAGAAGGUGGAAGAACAAGCGAGGGGGAGAGAGAGAGAACUGAAGGAGAAGGUGGAAGAACAAGCGAGGGGGAGAGAGAGGGAACUGAAGGAGAAGGUGGAAGAACAAGCGAGGGGGAGAGAGAGGGAACUGAAGGAGAAGGUGGAAGAACAAGCGAGGGGGAGAGAGAGGGAAUUGAAGGAGAAGGUGGAAGAACAAGCGAGGGGGAGAGAGAGGGAACUGGAAUCUAGACACGUCACCAACACAGAGACACGCAGAUAUUGGGGAAACAAGAAAAGAGAGGUUACACCUAACUCUGCUAUAGAGAGGAGAAGAGAGGAAGAGAGGGAAGAGAUCAAGAGGAGAAGGGAAGAGAUGGAGAGGAAAAGAGAAGAAGAGAUUGAGAGGAGAAGAAGGGAAGAGGGGGAAGAUAUGGAAGAGAAAGUGACUGUGAAACCUUUGGUUAACUGUCUUCAAUCAACACCAGCACAACAGCAGCAGCCAAAAAAGCCCCAGAAUGGUGGUCCAGCGCUGUUCACAAGGAUCCCUAGUUUCCAUCUGACUGAAGAGGGCGCUAUACUCUCACAGCUGUCCGAAAUCGACGCAAAACCAGCCCAGAAAGUUGUUAAUAACUUCUGCCACAGAAUCAACAGCAUUGGAGAGAAGACAACCACCUCCUCCUCCUCCUACACCUCCUCCUCCUCCUCCUCCUCCUCCCAGUCAGAGUUGCGUGUGGUUCUGCUGGGUAGGUCAGGGUCAGGGAAGAGUGCAGCAGGUAAUAUCAUACUGGGGCGGGAGGAGUUUGUGUCUCGACCAGACAUUACCACAGCCGUCACUCAGGACUGUCAGAAGAGCAGGGCCCUCGUUGCCGGGAGACGGGUGGCAGUGGUGGACACUCCAGACUGGUUCCGCUCCGAGCACCCUCCCGAUGUGGUCCGUUCCCAGCUGUCGUCCUGUGUGGCCCUCUCGGCCCCUGGCCCCCACGCCUUCAUCCUCUGUGUCCCCGUAGACCAACCAGCCCAGGCAGAGCUACAGGCUCUAGGGGCCCUAGAGAAAGUCUUUGGUCCCGGGGCGGUCCGGACCCACACCCUGGUCCUCUUCACUCACUCCGAUCGGUUGAAGGAGAGCGGGAAAGUGGGAGUGGAAGGAGUGGAGAAGUAUAUCUCCAGCCAGAGGAGAGAUUUGUUAGAGUUGGUUAAACGAUGUGGGGAUCGGUAUCAUGUGAUGGAGAGAGGGAGCGGAGGAGAAGAGGAGGAGGAGAGGAAGAGGAGGAGUGUGGGGGAGUUAUUGGAGAAGGUGGAGCAGACGGUGAGAGAGGGAGGAGGAGAGUGUUUCUCCUGUCCGCUCUUCCAGGAGGCGGAGGAUAGGGUGAGACAGAGACAGGAGGAGAUAGUGAGGGAGAGGAGGGGAAGAGGAGAGGAGGUGAAGAGACAAGCGCUUCAUUCCUACUCCAUGCAGCCCUUGAGAGAGACAGAGGAAGAUGAGGAGGAGAACGAGAGAACGAGAGAGGAGGCGGAGAAGAGUGUGAGCGCCCUGGAAUUGGAAAAUCUUCCCUCGCUCUCGUCCUCUCCUGCAUGGUAUUCGUCGCUCCUUCGCUCGGUGUGGGAGAAGGUGGGGGCGGGAGCGAGUAAGGUCCCCAAGCUGACGGCUGGAGGUGCGCUGCUGGGUGGGGUGGUGGGCGUGUUCUUUGGAGGGCCCAUAGGGGGAGCUAUAGGGGCCACUGCUGGAUCUGUGGUCACUGAGGUGGGGAGAAGGAGGUUUAGCCAGACAAAGAACUCAGCAGAAGAGACAGAUGCCACAGGGAGAAUAGAAGGUGAAAUCUUGGACAAGGUGUUGAAAACAGAGUGAGAGAGUCAGAUCCGCACACGUUGAUAUGGAUGUACAGUACAGCAUGUUAUGAGAGAUUAUUUGAUAGGUUUCUACCUAUGAUAUAUAUCCACCUGUGACCGCGCAGACGUUGUAUAUAUCUGUGAUUAUAAACUGGGUUGGUCGAGCCCUGAAUGAUGAUUGGCUGACAGCCGUGGUAUAUGACAAACAUUUAUUUUUACUGCUCUAAUUACGUUGGUAACCAGUUGAUAAUAGCAAUAAGGCACCUUGGGGGUUUGUGAUAUAUGGCCAAUAUACCAGGGCUAUAUACCACGUUGCGUCGUGCCUAAGAACAGCCCUUAGCCGUGGUAUAUUUUCCAUAUACCACACCCCCUCGGGCCUUAUUGCUUGAACAUAAUGUUGGUAAUAUUGUAUAUCUGUGAACAUAAUGUUGGUAACAUUGUACAACAUAUACUGGUGUGUAAGUUGUUUUGCAGCAAAUACCGGUUCUCAUUGACUAAUUCAAUGUUUUGUUGUAUUUCUUUUCCAGCUAUUACAACUAUGACUUGUUAAAUAACUCACAUGUGCUACGUCAUUAUUAUUCAAAUUACAUUCAACAUGGUUUCUUUAAAUGUUAAACUACUAUUGUGCAUAUAGUUAAUCCGUUUAUUAAUGCUAAUAAAACACAUUGCAUGAUAAUAUCAUUCA